UCCACCGCCCCCACAAGAGCUUUACAGGAUGCCAGGAGGCGACAUGGCCAAACCAUUGCUAAAUCAUCAGAACGAGGACAGUAAUUUAAGCCUGGCCCCAGCUUCUGGGAGCAGGACAAUUGGGAUUUUGGGAAGUGGCGACUUUGCACGCUCCUUGUCCAUGCGCCUGGUGUGCUCAGGUUUCAAAGUGGUGGUCGGAAGCCGGAACCCAAAGCUCAACACCAGCCUCUUUCCUUCUGCAGUUGAAGUAACAUGCCAGGCAGACGCCAUAAAGAAGGCCGAUAUCAUCUUUGUGGCAAUUUUCAGAGAACACUACACCACGCUCUGUGACUACAACAACGAGCUUUCUGGCAAAGUACUGGUGGAUGUUAGCAACAAUGCUGAAAUAAAUCAUCACAAAGAAUCCAAUGCAGAGUAUCUAGCCUCGCUUUUGCCAGCCUGCACUGUGGUCAAAGGAUUUAACGUCAUUUCAGCCUGGACCCUGCAGUCGGGUCCCAGAGAUGGGAACAAACAGGUCUUCAUUUGCUCUGACAACCAAGAAGCCAAACAGGCUGUUGCUGAAAUUGCUCAUGCCCUGGGCUUCAAACCGGUGGACAUGGGUGCCUUGUUCUCAGCUCGGGAAAUAGAGAAUAUCCCCCUGCGUCUCCUCCCUGCCUGGAAGAUCCCUGUCUUCUUGGCCCUGGGCCUCUUCCUCUGCUUCUACACCUACAACUUCAUACGGCAAGUCUUGCAUCCUUACAUUAGAGAGAAGAAGAACAAAUUCUACAAGAUCCCUGUGGAGAUCGUCAACACCACCUUGCCUUGCGUGGCCUACGUCAUGCUGUCCCUGGUCUACCUUCCUGGAGUGCUCGCAGCCAUCUUUCAGCUGUACCACUGCACAAAGUACCGGCGUUUCCCUGACUGGCUCGACCAGUGGCUACAACACCGGAAGCAGAUAGGCCUCCUGAGCUUUUUCUGCGCAGCAUUGCAUGCUGCCUACAGUCUGUGCCUACCCAUGCGCCGGUCUCACCGCUAUCUGUUGCUCAACGAGGCGGUCAAGCAGGUGGAGAAGAGAACAGACGCCUGGGUGGAAGAGGAAGUCUGGAGGAUGGAGAUAUACAUCUCUUUUGGCAUCAUGGCUCUGGGCUUGCUCUCGUUACUUGCCAUAACCUCCCUUCCAUCCAUCUCUAACUCACUCAACUGGAGGGAAUUCAGCUUCGUUCAAACCGCCAACCCAGAAAGGUUGGGGGACUGUGCUGUAGUGUACCAAGAAGUUUUCCUGUAG